AUGGCUGACCGUGGUGCAAGCGCCCCCGCCCGUGGAGGUGGUGGUUUCGGAGCUCGUGGCGGUGACCGUGGCCGUGGACGUGGCCGUGGUCGCGGACGUCGCGGCGGCAAGAGCGAGGAGAAGGAGUGGCAGCCCGUCACCAAGCUCGGUCGUCUCGUGAAGGCCGGCAAGAUCAGCUCCAUGGAGGAGAUCUACCUUCACUCCCUGCCCAUCAAGGAGUACCAGAUUGUCGACUUCUUCCUGCCCAAGCUCAAGGAUGAGGUCAUGAAGACGACGACGCAACAAUCGCCAAUGCAGAUGAAGAUUUGGAUCAAGCCCGUCCAGAAGCAGACCCGUGCCGGUCAGCGCACCCGUUUCAAGGCCAUCGUCCUUAUCGGUGACUCUGAGGGACACGUUGGUCUCGGAAUCAAGACCUCCAAGGAAGUCGCUACCGCUAUUCGCGCUGCCAUCAUCAUCGCCAAGCUUAGCGUCAUCCCCGUCCGUCGCGGUUACUGGGGAACCAACCUCGGUGCCCCCCACUCCCUGCCCACCAAGGAGUCUGGAAAGUGCGGUUCCGUCACCGUCCGUCUCAUUCCCGCCCCCCGCGGUACCGGCCUUGUCGCCUCCCCCGCCGUCAAGCGUCUCCUCCAGCUCGCUGGUGUCGAGGACGCCUACACCUCCUCCGCCGGUUCCACCAAGACCCUCGAGAACACCCUCAAGGCCACCUUCACCGCCGUCUCCAACACCUACGGCUUCCUUACCCCCAACCUGUGGAAGGAGACCAAGCUCAUCAGAUCGCCUCUCGAGGAGUACGCGGACACCCUGCGUGAGGGCAAGAAGUACUAG